AUGGUGGCUGGACAGCUCUCUUAUUCCGUUUCAGAGGAGGUAAUCCCAGGAACACCGAUUGGAAAUAUUGCCAAGGAUCUAAACCUCAACACACAGGAUCUGGAAUCUCAGGAUGUGAUAACUGUACAUGUGAAGGAAAACGGGGAAGUUGGAGACAUGCUUAAAAAAGUGACUGCAUCUGAUGCUGACAGACACUUUGUAGCAAAGAUUAGGGCUGUGGACGCAGACUCUGGAUACAAUGCGCUGCUUUCUUAUCACCUGUCAGAACCCAAAGGAAACAACCUCUUCAGGAUCGGAACCAGCACUGGAGAAAUCAGGACUAAGAGGAGAAUGAGUGACAAUGACCUGAAAAUUCAUCCUUUGGUGGUUCUGGUUUCUGAUAAUGGAGAACCUUCCCUGUCAGCUACUGUGUCUAUUGAGUCUCUAAAUAUAGCCGAAAGUACCGUGCCAGGGGGGAAAUUUGGAUUUGUAGGCGCUUCAGAUCUGGAUGUCGCAAAGAACAGUGUCAGCACAUACAAACUCAGUCGAAACGAUUAUUUCUCUUUAGAGAUCCACAAAAGUGAAGACAGUGUGUCAGCUGAGCUUGUGCUUCAGAAGGCUCUGGACCGAGAAAAGCAGCCGACCAUUAAACUUACUGUGACGGCUCUGGAUGGGGGAAAUCCACCAAAGUCAGGGACAGCACAGAUUGUUAUCACAGUUUUGGAUAUCAAUGACAACUCCCCGGUUUUUAGUAGUUCUCUGUACAAAGCGAGGAUAUCUGAGAACAUAUCAGCAAGUGACAAAGGUCAUCCUCCAAUGUCUGCUCACUGUAAAGUGCUGGUAGAGGUACUAGACUUAAACGAUAAUGCUCCUGAGAUCACAGUAACAUCAUUGCUAAACACAGUGAAGGAGGAUGCACAACCUGGUACUGCUAUUGCUCUUGUGUCUGUGCAGGACAAAGAUGGUGGGAAAAAUGGAGAGUCUUUUAACCAUGAGGAGUUGAAAACGUUUCAAUUUAAAGUUCAGGCGACAGACUUGGGUGUUCCUCCACUCAGCAGCAAUGUUACAGUAAAGGUUAUAAUCUUGGAUGAAAAUGACAAUAAUCCAACCAUUUUAGAUCCCUAUUCUGAGCUUGGCUCUGUUUACCGAGAGACCAUCCCAUACUCUGCUGAAGCAGGAUAUUUUGUAGCAAAGAUCAGGGCUGUGGACGCAGACUCUGGAUACAAUGCAUUGCUUUCAUAUCAUAUGUCUGAGACAAAAGGAAACAACUUGUUCAGGAUCGGAACCAGUACUGGAGAAAUCAGGACUAAGAGGAGAAUGAGCGACAAUGACCUGAAAACCCACCCCAUGUUGGUUCUGGUUACUGAUAAUGGAGAACCUUCCCUGUCAGCUACUGUGUCUAUUGAGGUGAUGGUGGUUGAAAACACAGCUGACAUCCAAAAUCAGUUCAGACAGGUGCCUGUAAAGGUGGACAACUUCUCUGAUUUGAACGUAUAUCUGCUGAUCGCCAUUGUGUCAGUCUCUGUGAUCUUUUUGCUGAGUCUAAUCAUCCUAAUAGCUGUCAGAUGCCACAGGACUGACAGCGAUUUUAGCAGGUACAGCGCCCCCAUGAUCACCACCCACCCUGAUGGGAGCUGGUCUUACUCCAAAGCUACACAGCAGUAUGAUGUGUGUUUCAGCUCAGACACGCUGAAAAAAGAGGUGAAUCGUGGAACCUUUGUUGGAAACAUUGCCAAAGAUCUCAAUCUUAACGUCCAGGAGCUGGAAGCCCGCAUGUUUCAGAUCGUUACUGGAUCAAAGAAAAAAUAUUUUGCGGUAAACCUGAAGACUGGUGCUCUGUACGUAAAUGAGAGAAUAGAUCGAGAGGACCUCUGUGGAUACUUUGUAGCAAAGAUCAGGGCUGUGGAUGCGGAUUCUGGAUACAAUGCAUUGCUUUCAUAUCACCUGUCUGAGCCCAAAGGAAACAACUUGUUCAGGAUCGGAACCAGCACGGGGGAAAUAAGAACUAAAAGGAAAAUGAGUGACAAUGACCUUAAAACUCACCCGUUGGUGGUGGUGGUUUCUGAUAAUGGAGAACCUUCUCUGUCAGCUACUGUGUCUGUUGAGUUUAAAGUUCAGGCCACAGACUCGGGUGUUCCUCCACUCAGCAGCAACGUGACUGUUAACAUUUUGAUUCUGGAUGAAAAUGAUAAUAAUCCAACUAUUUUAGCACCUUAUACAGAGCACGGAUCCGUUAACAGUGAGACCAUCCCUUAUUCUGUUGAAUCCGGAUACUUUGUAGCAAAGAUCAGGGCUGUGGACGCAGACUCUGGAUACAAUGCGUUGCUUUCUUAUCAUAUGUCUGAGCCGAAAGGAAACAACUUGUUCAGGAUCGGAACCAGUACUGGGGAGAUCAGGACUAAAAGAAGAAUGAGCGACAAUGACCUGAAAACCCACCCAUUGUUGAUUCUAGUUUCUGAUCAUGGAGAACCUUCACUAUCGGCUACUGUGUCUAUAGAGGUGGUGGUUGUUGAAAGCAUAGCUGGUGACCAGACUCAGUUCAGACAUGUGCAUUUAAAAGAUGACAACUUCUCUGAUUUGAACUUGUAUCUGCUGAUCGCAAUUGGUAAGAUUCGUCAGCGCUCCUCCCCGUCAGAUGGAGGUGGGGAGGUUUCUCUGACGUUUAAAACAAAGAGAAAAGUGGGUUGA